AUGUUCGCAGGAUUUAAUAUCAAGGAGGAUUAUUUGAGUGAUGAGGAAUCAAGUAUGCAUGUAAAUAAUAAUCAGCAGACUACUACAUCAUCAUCAAUUGAAAGUCUUGUUGCCGAUGAUGAAUUAUUGUCAUCAGAAGGCUCUAGAAACGUUGUGGUGAUAAAUAAUAAUAUUAGUACACAAGAAGAUGAAGAUUCGUUCAUUCUCAUUACAAAUUAUAAUACAUCAAAUCAAGAAGAAAAUCAAAAUGCUAGUACUAUGGCAACUAGUAGCAUGACCGAAUUGCCAACAACACAAGAAAUUACCGAGUCGUAUCAUAACAAAGUUAGUACAGGAUUCAUUGCCGAAUCAGUUACUGCACAUGAGGAAAUUGUCGAGUUUCAUGCAACCAUGGAUCAAUCAUAUCAAAAUGAACAGCCGUUUGAGAAUAUGACACAAUCUUUCAUGGCACAUGAAACUUCAGUAACAUCACAAACUCGUGAGCCUUUGAGUAUUUUAGCAAGUGAAGAAAUUGAUACAGAUGAUUCAUCAGCAUCAAGUUCUCCAGUACUUUUAAUCGAGGAAGGAGAUCAAGUAAUUGAAUCUCAACAAGAUGUUGUCGAAACUGUUGAGGAAACCAGACAGGUAUUCGAUGAAACUCUAUCCAAUUCAAAUGAAGAAACUAUUCUAGGAACUGUUCUCUCUCAAGAAACAUCUAAUGAUUCUGUUGUCCAAUCAGAAGACAACAAUAACACCACUUGUACUACCAUUAAUGAGGUUGGAAUUGCCAAUUUUUUAGCCCAAAUCAGCCCAGGAAACCCAAGAUUUAAUUUCUUGGUGCAAGCAGGAGUGAUCGCCUGUCUUUCCGUAUUUGUUUUCAGUUUAUUCGAGAUUGUUUGUAAUUAA